AUGCAAAACCCUUUAUCAUACGAAAAAGAAGAACCUCUAGAAGUGGCUACGUCUAUAAAUAUGGAUAGGCUAACACAACUUCAAGAUGCAAUAGAUGAGAUGGCUAGAAUGUUUGCUAAUAGCGUAGAAUUUCUUAAUAGAGUCCAGGUCGGUCAGGAUCAAAUAAAACUUAAAGAGAAUCAACAAGAAAUUGUGCAAGAUGUUGUUAAAAAAGCAAAACAAAUAGAAAUAUUAAUAGAUAAUUUGCCGGGGUUACGGAAUACAGAACAAGAGCAAUUCGAUAUGAUCAAAGAACUAAACAAAGAAAUGCAAGAAGCUAAUUUAGAAUAUAUAAAAGCUGUUGAAGAUGCAGGUAGAUAA